ACACAACUCUCUCAAGCUCAUCCACGUCAAGGGUUAGGAAUGUGCCACGUAAUGGGGCACGUAAACUGCUGGGUGUGAUCGUGUGCAAGUUCACCGAAUAUUCUGUACCACCCAAUUUGAAUGAUUCGUUUUAUGGUAAGCAUAGGCAAUGAGGCAAAGCAAAACAACCCCCGAAGACUCAAGCACCACCUACCCUACGGUUCCUCUUAAGCCCCUCAUUUUUUUUUUUUAAUUUUUUGGUUCUUGCUGAUUCUAAAUAGUUUCAAUUUCUCUCUCUCUCGACGAGAAUUGAGAAUCCUAAUAAUAUUCAAAUUUAAUGGCUAAUUUGCCCUCUGAAUUGUCGAAGUCGUUGUUUCCUCUUAUUUUGAUCCGAUUCGAUUCCGGCGAUCUCAUAUUCUCAAAACGCUCUCAUCCUCAAAUUAUCAGUCAGCCGUGUGUGUUUGUCUGACACAGAUAGAAAGUAGGAGCCGUCACGUACUCAGAGAUAUGGGAAAACAAAAAGAAAAAAAAAACACAGGUAAUUCUCAGCGCAAAAAUGCUGCGAUGUUCGAAAGCGAGGAUGAUAAUAGUAGUGUGAGUUCGUCAUCGACUGUUCGUUCUGAUCGUGUGUCCGUUUUGGGGAACGAAGAAAUGCAAAUUGAUAAAGAUAGUUUACUUGACCAAGCUCUCGAUGCCUUGUUCGAGAAGAGGGGUUCUACGAGAGAAAAAGCAUUGCGGUCGAUUCGUGAAGCUUUCAAUAACAACCUGCAGCAUGAGUUUGUGGAAAAGAAAUUUGCCACUUUACUUCAUCAAUGUCUGAAUUCCUUUAAACGAGGUUCUGCCCAAGAGAUAUCUUUGGCAUGUCGUGUCAUUGGAUUGUUGGCUUUGACCGUGGGGCAAGGGGAUAAUGCACAUGAAAUACUGGAGGACUCGGUCCCUCCUCUUACACAGGCUCUCAAGUCUGGGUCUGAAUCUUCAAAGAUAUCGUUACUGGAGUGUUUGGCGGUUAUCACUUUUGUUGGUGGCAAUGAUCCGGAGCAAACAGAGAGAUCGAUGCAAAUUAUGUGGCAAGUAGUUCAUCCAAAGCUGGGCUCCAAUGUAGUUGCAGUCAAACCAUCAGCAGCAGUCAUAACUGCAAUGGUGUCUUCAUGGUCCUUUCUUCUAACAACCAUAGAGGGAUGGAAACUUAAUCCUAAAGAUUGGCAAGAGUCAAUAUCAUAUUUAUCCAGUCUGCUAGACAAGGAUGAUCGGUCGGUACGGAUUGCUGCUGGUGAAGCACUGGCUUUAAUUUUUGAGAUAGGUAGUUUAGAGAAGUUCUCUAUUGAAGCUAAGGGCUCAAGUGAUGGAUCAACCCAAGAUGGAAGUAGACCUCGGGAAUUUGUGCAAAUACAAGGAUUGAAGGCGAAAAUUAUAAAUCAAGUAAGAAACCUUUCAGCUGAGGCAGGUGGUAAAGGCUCUGCUAAGAAAGAUCUUAACAGCCAACGGAAUCUGUUUAGGGAUAUAUUAGACUUUUUUGAGAAUGGUUAUUGCCCUGAAAGUUCUAUGAAGAUUGGUGGGGAACCAUUACAGACAUCUACAUGGUAUCAACUGAUACAGCUGAACUUUUUGAAGCACUUUCUUGGUGGAGGAUUUGUUAAGCACAUGCAGGAAAAUGAAUUCCUUCAUGACGUAUUUGGGUUUACUCCUAAGAAGAAAUAUCUUGUGGACAAUGAACAUCGUUUAUCUAGCGGGGAGAAGAGGAUGUACAGGUCACCAAAUUCAGUGGUCAACAAAGCAAGAACACAGCUGCUUAACAAGCAGCGAAUGUUAUCAGAGGGUAAGAAUAUUGGCCACUAUGCAGUUAACAUGGGUGAUGAGGAAGCUUAGUCCUACACCUGGCAGGAGACCAUUUGUAGUGGCCGCCUGUUGUUAAAUUAGAUACAAGUUCCAUUUAUCAAAUAGAAGCUCAUAAAUAGUCCUCGUUUAUUAUUUUUUAGUUGGUGGGUUUGGAUACACCUGCGAUUAGUGAUGGUGAUGUUGUAAUUUAAACAUUGAAGAGUCUGUUUUGCCUUGUACCGGAAGCGUCAAUCAAGAAUGCUACUGCUUUUCUAAUGUCAUGGAAAAUUUGUUUUAAGAAUUUGGGGUAGGUUUUAGUUUUCUGCAUCAUGUAAUUCCGAAAUAUGGAGCCAGGGCCGGUUAUUGUGAGGCCCAAAGUAAAAGUUAUAAUUUAUUUUUAAAAAUAUAUAAUAUUUUCUACAUUUACUUCUUUAA